AUGUCUGGAGGGGUGGGCAAAGGUGGUGAUAGAGGAGAGGAGCCAGGAUCUUUGCAGGGUGGGCAGCAACAGUCCAUGCACGGCGCAGGCCACUGCAAGUGGUUCAAUGUGCGGAUGGGCUUCGGAUUUAUAUCCAUGACUAGUCGUGGGGGAACUCCCGUAGAUCCUCCUAUGGAUGUAUUUGUUCACCAAAGCAAGUUGCACAUGGAGGGCUUUCGCAGCCUGCGGGACGGAGAGCCACUAGAGUUUACUUUCCAGAUGUCCCUCAGGGGCCUGGAGUCUGUACAAGUCACGGGCCCCGGGGGAGGCCCCUGCUUGGGCAGUGAGAGGAGACAGAAACCCAAGCCCCCAGCCCCACAGCAGAGAUGGAAGCCAAAAGGAGACCGAUGCUAUAACUGUGGAGGACUAGACCACCAUGCCAAAGAGUGUGGCCUGCCUCCCCAGCCAAAGAAGUGCCACUACUGCCAGAACGCAACGCACAUGGUGGCCCACUGUCCUCACCGCCCCCCCGGCCCCUUGUCUCCCGGCCCUGCCACAGCCACUCAGGGAAGACGCCCUACUGUGGACCAGUACCCCUCUACCUUCACCACCACCUCCUACAGCCCCAGUCCCAGGCAGGGAAACAGGCACUCCCAGCCCUCUCAGGACAGUUCCUCCCCCCUCAGCAAGUCCUCCAGCUCUCCGGAAGACCCAGCACAGAUCCAGAGGAGAUCUGGAGGACACCACAGGUUGAAACAAUCCUGA